AUGUGUGAGACGUCGGCCAUCAAUCGGCGCAACCGUAAGGGCUGUCUGUCGGAAGAGUUCUACCGGUGGUCUGACGAGCCGUUUGAAGAGAUGGACUCAACAAUAGCUGUCCAGCAGUUCAUCCAACAGACCAUUCGUAGGGAUCCGUCAAAUAUAGAUGAGAUCCUAUCGGCUCCGGAGGGCCAGGAAGAGGGCGGCUGGAAGUACGAGCACUUGAGACAGUUCUGUCUCGAACUCAACCGAUUGGCCGUCAAAUUGCAGACCGAAUGCUCGGCUCAGACGUGCACUCAGAUGACGGCCACCGAGCAGUGGAUCUUCUUAUGCGCCGCCCAUAAGACGCCCAAAGAGUGU